CGCACGCACGCACGCACGCACACGCGGACCCCUGCCCCUCCUCGCUUGCCCGCCCGCCCGCCUGCCCGCUUCAUGUCCACCGAGCGCCAUGAUCCGCCGGCCGGCCCCCCGGCGCCAGCCCCCGCCGGCGGCGGGCGCCCAGACCACGCGGACCAAAUCAAGCGGUACUUCGCGAAUCGAUCGUUCCAGGUGCCGGACAUCCGGUACCGCGCGGUGAACCCGGGCAACCCGGCCGGCGGGCGGCUGUUCUUCCGCAUGACCUCCAUGGCCAGCCACGGGCAGUUCCACGGCGUCAGCAUCAUGUCCCGGCUGUCGGUGGGGAUCAGCGACUUCUCGGCCAAGGCGGUCCCGGCGCCCUCGCUGGAGCCCCUCCCCCCGGCCAGCGGGGACCUUGCUGUGCCGGAGGCCUUCCCGGAGGACGGGCCCGAGGUGGCGGACACCGGGCGCUACCGGUCCGGCUCGAUUGUCCCCCUGGGCCCGUCCGACCACAUGCCCAACUUCACGAUCAUCGCGCCGGAGCCGGUCGCCGCGUCGGACCGGGCGUCGAUCUCCUCGGGCUCGUCGUCGGAUUCCGGCAUCCUGGUGGCCCCGGCGGACGCCGAGUCGACCGGCCCCGUGCCGGCCUCGGCGGUGUCCUCCUCCUCGCUGCUGAAUCUGGGCGGCAUCGUGCCGGCGGUCCUGUCGGCCGGGCGCUUCCUCGCUGGGGACUUGGCCUCCAGCGACAAUGGCGGCGGCGGCGGCGGCGGCGGCGGGGGCAGCGGCGCGGGCCCGGCGGCCGGCGGCCCGGUCGCAGCCCCGCGCUUCCCGCUGCCGAUCGACGACCAGGUCCCGGUCUUCACCCGGGCCGACUUCACCAUCUACAUGAGCCAGACGCUGGUGGAUCCGGCCCAGCGGGAGGCGUGGUUCGAGCACCGGCGCAGCCUGGCCACCGGGUCGCUGCGGACCGGCAUCAGCUCCAGCCGGCAGGCCUUUGUCGGCAUGAACUUCGAGAAUUGCUUCUUCCUGCUGGACCCGCUCCUGCCGGAGGAGGACAUCCAGAACCACCUUGCGCGCGUGGUCUUCCACACGGCGGUCCCCCGGUGCCAUGCCUUCAAGCAGCCGUCCGCCUUCCGGGUGGACACGCCUCCCCGGCUGCCGGUGCUGAUUGGCACUUCCAUCGGCGAUCUGCUGUUCAUCGACUUCUUCCAGCUGGCCGCCGGCACCAGCCAGGGGAUCUGGCUGCAGCGGCCGCUGGCCCUCGGCAACCCGGUGACCGCGGUGGCCUGGUACCCGCCGUCGGCGGCGUCGCUCCCCUCGGAGCCGGCCCGGCGGACGGCCCACUCGGCGCGCAACACCCCGACCGAGACGACGCAAUUUGUGGCCGGCUUCCUGGACGGGUCGCUGGUGGUGAUGGACAUCCUCCGGAACACGCUCAUCCCGCCGACGCUGACGACGCACGACCGGAAGGACAUGGUCGUGUACCACUAUUCGCUGCGCAACAGCGGCGCGGCCUCAUUGCAUCACGACCCGGUCAACCCGCUGGCCCUGGUGAAGCUGGUCAAUGGCAGCGCCAUCACGGCCCUGGCCUUUCGGCCGCAGCCGCCGGCCAGCCUGCCGUCGUUGUACGCGACGUCGGACUCCGGCGCCGAGACCACCCUCCCCACCGGAGCCCCGGACAGGUCGCGCGAGCGGACCCACCUGACCCUGGCCGCGGCGACCGAGAGCGGCCGGGUGUGGCUCCUGUCCAUGAGCGACCUGCGCCUGGCCCCGCGCAUCAGCCAUGUCAGCCAGAACCAUGUGAAGACGUACUUCGGCACGGCGCAGUGCAUUGCCUGGUCCACGGAUGGGCACCUGCUGGCGAUUGGCGGUGAUGACGACCUGAUCAGCAUUUUCAGCGUGCCGGAAACCCCGCGGCCGAAGCAGCCGCCGCGCCUGGCCCUGCGGCUGGCCGGGCACGCAUCGCGCCUGUCGGCCCUGUCCUUCGAGCCGCUGCCCCUGUUCUUGGGCCGGAGCGCCUCGACCGGGGAGCACGAGGCAGCCGGCGGCCGCCUCACCCCGGCCUACUGCGCAUCCACAUACCGACUGUGGAGCACGGCCGAAGACAGCAUGCUCAUGACCUGGGACAUCCCGGUGAAGCUGCUUCUGCCGCCGGCCCCGGCGCCGAUGCCGGCCGUGCCUGCGAAGCCGGCGCGCCCGACCCCCGCCCCCGCUCCCGCCCAGCAGACCUGGGUCCAGGACCAUUCGGCCAUCGAGCUGAACACCUACACCAAGCAUGAGGCCCUGGCGCCGGGCUGGGAGGUCCGGCGAUUUUACAGCCCGCUGCUGGACUCGCGCCAGCCAUCCCCGGCGGCGCCCCGGCCGGCGGACACCAGCUGGCGCAGCGUGCCCCGGCUGAGCCCGCAAAGUGUCGUCACCCUAUCCACCCCGCUGACCGGGCUGGCCCUGAUCCCCUGCCUCCUGGAGCACCUCCUCCUGCCGGGGAUAAGCCCCGACUCGGAGCUCUGCCGGACGCUGGUCAUCUCGUCGAACCCCUGCCAGGCGGACAUCUCGGAUGCCCCGCUCGGGGUGUACCGGUACUCGGAAACCGGCCAGCUCCCGGCGAAUCUCGGCCCGCCGGGCAUGCUGGUCAUGACCUGCUCCAUUCUCUCCUUCACGCACACCUGGGUGGCGGCACCGAUUCUGAAGCCGGCCGCCCGGCCGGUUGCCUCGCCGCCGGGUGGCCCGCCCGGCCGCGACUCCUGACACCAGCCCCCGCCGGUGGCGUCACGCGCAUCCACAUGCGCACACAAACACAAGCACACAUGCCCCAUUGGGGGGUUUCCCUUUGCCAAUACACUCUCAAGCAGGCGA